UUUAUGGGCCCUACUCAGCUGGCAUAUCAGCAUCUGCACUAUAGCUCCCAUCUAUUCUUAGGUGAUAUCAGAACACGACUGAGCAGUGCCUGCUUGUUGCCUUUUGAAAGAGGUACAAAAUGGCUUACAGCGUGACUCUGAAUGGACCUGGACCAUGGGGUUUCCGUCUGCAAGGGGGCAAGGACUUCAACAUGCCCUUGACAAUCUCCAGAAUCACCCCUGGCAGCAAGGCAGCACAGUCACAGAUGAACCAAGGGGACCUUGUGGUAGCCAUUGAUGGAGUCAACACUGACAGCAUGACCCACUUAGAGGCCCAGAACAAGAUCAAGUCAGCCAGCCACAACUUGAGCCUCACUCUUCAGAAAUCUAAACGUCCCAUGCCAGUUUCAACCACAGCACCCAGAAUUGACUCUCCCAGGGCUGUAAUUCCCCACCAGAAGGUCAUAACCAACACCGUUUCCAACAUGGAGUCCCCGGAGCGUUUCAACCCCAAUGUCCUGAAGGACUCUGCCCUCUCUACGCACAAACCCAUUGAAGUGAAAGGCCUGGGUGGCAAGGCUACUAUAAUUCAUGCCCAGUAUAACACCCCGAUCAGCAUGUAUUCCCAAGAUGCUAUCAUGGAUGCAAUUGCAGGCCAGGCACAAGCCCAGGGUGGAGAAUUUGCUGGUACCCUUCCUAUUAAAGAUCCUCACAUAGACAGUGCCUCUCCAGUGUAUCAGGCUGUGCUUAAAACUCAGAACAAGCCUGAAGAUGACCCUGAAGACUGGAGCCGCCGUUCUGCCAACCUGCAGUCCAGGUCCUUCCGCAUCCUGGCCCAGAUGACUGGAACUGAGUACAUGCAAGAUCCAGAUGAAGAAGCCCUGAGGAGGUCAAGAAAUACAAGCCAGUCAUAUACACCAAUGCCAGUUUCUGGAAGCUAUGCUGAAAGUCCUGCUCCUUCUGCUACUUCAAAACCCAGAGUUGUUACAACUGCCAGCAUAAAGCCCUCUGUCUAUCAGCCAGCACCAGCACCAGUUCAUUCCUACACCCCUGCCAACGCUGAGCCUGCAAGUCGCCCUCCCUGGGUAACAGAUGACUCCUUUUCCCAGAAAUUUGCACCCGGGAAAACCACCACCACUGUCACAAAGCACAUCCAGCCCAGGGGUGCUUCAGUACCAUCUCCUGCCUCAACUUCUGCUUACCCAUCUCCAGUUUCAACUUCCUCCCAUGGUCCUGCAUUAGCCCGGGGAACAGUUCAGAGGGCUGAGCGUUACCCAGCCAGCAGCCGAACUCCUCUCUGUGGGCACUGUAACAACAUCAUUCGGGGUCCUUUCCUGGUAGCUAUGGGUCGCUCUUGGCACCCAGAAGAAUUCAAUUGUGCUUACUGCAAGACAUCUUUGGCUGAUAUGUGCUUUGUGGAAGAGCAGAAUAGUGUGUACUGUGAGCGCUGUUAUGAGCAGUUCUUUGCACCAUCCUGUGCCAGAUGUCACACUAAGAUCAUGGGGGAAGUGAUGCAUGCCCUGAGACAGACUUGGCACACAACCUGCUUUGUCUGUGCUGCGUGUAAGAUGCCGUUUGGGAACAGCCUCUUCCACAUGGAGGAUGGGGAACCCUACUGUGAGAAAGAUUACAUUGCUUUGUUCAGCACAAAAUGCCAUGGCUGUGACUUCCCUGUUGAAGCUGGAGAUAAAUUCAUUGAAGCUCUUGGACACACUUGGCAUGACACCUGCUUUAUCUGUGCUGUAUGCCAUGUGAAUUUGGAAGGUCAGCCAUUCUACUCUAAGAAGGAUAAGCCACUGUGCAAAAAGCAUGCCCAUGCCAUCAAUAUUUAAAAGAAGAGUUGGCACUCAGUAAUGCCGAGGGAAAAGAGAUGAGUAACUGGGCAAUGAUAAAGUUGAUAACCAUGGCUAGUGUUUCUCUUGGUAAAAGCUAGGAAGUUGAUACUCUUGAAAUUUAACCUCUUUCAUAAAUGCAGAACAUGCUUUUGCAAAGUUACUACAAAAACCUACUGAGUGAACAGCUAAAAACAAAUUAACUGGUCCGUUAUUAGGGCAAGAGUUGUGGGACAUACUGAAAUUAACUAAAAAGUGUAAUAUAAAAAGUUAUGUCUGAAUACAAUUUCAAAAUACCCACAGCAGUUUUACUGCUUAGACCACACACUGGUGUUUAAAAACAAGUGGAAAAGUCCUUUAGUAAUAAGUAAUUUUCUUUCUUAACAAGAAUAAGUGCCACAUGUACAAUAAUCUGUAGAACUGAAGGCCAUAGCUUUCAAAGGGCAAUAAAGAAAUUAGGGUUUCCUCUAUGAAAAGUGAGUGCUAUUGCAUUACAUUGUGGUGCUUCCUCAUAGCGUCAAAUAUUCUAGGUUCUUUCCAAAUAAAAAGUCUGCCUUGAAUUCAUAUGUAGCUGGAAAGCCUAGUAGAGAAUCCAUAACUUAGUUUGAAAAUAAAGUGGAAACAGAAUUUUUUCCUUCCAUAACUCAGUAAGACUGAGAAAAGCAUGUCAGUCUCACCAGUGCAUUUGGCUUAUAACACGCACAGGAGAUUAAUUCACUUUCACAUCAUAAUGGAAAAGGACAACUGGCUUUCUCCAGAUUGCUCUUACAUUGAAUGGAAGAGAGAUGGUUGGCAGGGCCAGCUUUUAAUUUGAAGCUAGUUUUCUUUAUUCUUGUGGGGAAAAAAAAAAUUCCAAGUUGCUUUAGUCUCCAAUUCCCAUUGGUAUCAUUGGGAGGUAGGAAUCUGCCUUCCUCCCACCAUGAACACAGAAGGGAGGCAUCCACCAUAGCACAGCUAGGGAAUGGGAGACAGGUUGCAAAAGCUCCCUGCUUUAUUCCACAGAUUUAGGAAGAGGACACUUUUUUUUUUCCUAUUUUGUAAAUUAACAUCGAUUUAUGAUUCAAAAGGCAGCAUAACACCACAGGCACAUACUCUUUAUUACUACCAUUAGUUUAAAUGCAACACAUCCUUAAUUACAGCAGUGUUUGCCAUUGUAAAAGAGUAGAUGGACUCCAGCAAUUAGGAUAACCACACAGUGAUCUUUUCUAAUAUUUAAAGAAUAAUUUUCAACUUUUCUAAACAGUUAUAUGCAAAAGAGCAAUACUUGUAGCACUGAUAAUACUUUCGAAUGUUUAAUUUUAAAUAUGAAUUACUUUUCUAUUGGAGGUAGCACUUCUGUCUGUUGGAAAAUUGAGAUUAAGUGGAAAGUCUGAUCACUGAUCAAGUUUUAUUAAUUUCUUUAAGUGAGAAUUACGAUGUGUACAUUGACAGCUUUCAGUACUAACAGUUUUGAAUUAGUAUUUCUGAGGCUGAGGAUGCAUUCUGUGGGACACAUCAAGGUGCCAUCUGCACCCUAUUUUACCUUGUCUUUUGAGUAACAAGAAAUCACAUAGUAUCAGUUGAGUUUUCCUUCUGGAUAACACCUGUUUUAAGAAAACUGGCGUGUCUUUUCAGGGAUAAAGAACUAUGCACAGCUGGGGAGGGAAUAAAAGAAAUUUGGAGUUCUAAUAAAUGAAUUGAGAUGCAGGCAGUCUGCAUCUUGGACAAAAAUAAAAACCUGAACUGCCCGUGGCAGUUUUGACAUAUAUGACCUAUAUUUAUUCAGCAGGUAUCUUAAUUCUCCCAGAUCUGAGUGCCAUAGGGUCAGAUUUUUACACACAUGAAUUAUUCUAACAGACUUGUUAAUUAUAUGCAAAGUCUUUUUUUUUUCUUUAGCAAACAAAUUUUCUGUUUUCAGUUGGUGCUGGGCUGGUGUGAAUAUGGUUCCACAGAUUACAAAAUCCAAAGAUUUGGCCCAUAAUAUUCUCUAGAGAAAUAAAUUGUAAUCAUGGAAUUAUUUUUUCACUCAUACUUCACUUCAUUAAAUACUUUUUCAUAACAGUAAGGCAACUCUAGAUUUCCUUUUAAUUUUUGAAUGUCAUUCAACAAAACAGUGUUUAUUUUUCUCCUAUUUAGGAGAAUUCAUAUCGGCAUAUUAUUUACCAUUGAAGAUAUUCUUUAGGCAGAUUUCUAUGUUACCCACUGUCUGGGAAUAGCUUCUUACUAUCACCAUCAAAACAGGGAUUCAUACUCCUUCAGAGGACACAAAACAUCAGGGUCUGUGAUGCCUCAGAAGAGAUCUUUCCCCUCCGAUCUGUGUGUCUUUGUGCAUGGCUCUCUGUUUCACUAAAAGCUCCCUCUCUACUAGCAAUGUGAAGGAUAAAGCAUUUUAGGAGAUGGUCAGAGCUCCAGGGCUGCAGUUUAGGCAGGGGUACAGCCUGUGCAGAGAUGCUGGUAGGCAGCAUAGCUGGGACAUUCACAGGGGAGCCCAGAUUUCCAGCCCGUGAGUUGCUGGGGUGGACAGGGGUGUGGGAGACAGGAGUCUGUGUGGGCAGGAAAAGGCAGGUUUGGAUCAGAGAAGGGAGGGCACCUGCAUCAGCCAGAAUGUAAGGCCUCUGGUUGAGUGUGAAAAGAUGAGGUGAUGAGCAGAGAGGAAGCUCUUCUGAAGCAGGAGCUGGAGGAGGGGAAACAGCGAGGUAAGGACAGUUUCAUCAAGCUGACAUAUUAGAUAGUUGGGGUGGGGUAGAAGGGGGGGUGGGAGGAGGAGCCAGGAUGACUCCCUACAGUCAGGGAAAGGGCUUGAAGGAAGAAAUCAGGGUACAAGUAGCUCACAGUAAUCCAGAGAGAUACUAUGAAUAUGAAUAGAGGGGUGAGCAAGGAUUGGGAUACAGGAUCCAAUCUUGUAAUUUGAAGUUAGUUCUGCAGAAAGGUGAAUGUAUAUUAUAUAUAUUGUACGCAUAGCUGAGCUAGCUAUGAGAGUGGCACCAGUGAGAAUGCAGCAGCACAGACUUCAGUGGGAGCCACACCAGCUUGAGAGAGUCCUGAAAAUUUCACUGGGAAAAUUUCCUUUUCACUGGGAGCUGUACUAACUUGAAAGAGGCCUGAAAUUUUCAUUGGACAGAUAACCUGCACUGCAACACAUCCCUGAUUCCAGCUGGUGUCUGAGCAAGUGAGAUUAAAGCUAGUUUACAUAUCACUAUAGGAGGUACAGUGAUAUCUCUGAAUGAAGAACAGAGAUACCCUGAGGAUUAUCAUGUAAUAAAUUUCCUGUUUUAACUUGUGCUGCUUCAUAAUGUGGUCCAAAAAUAGGAUACCCACCCUUGAUAUCUAUAUUAAGAUAAAAUUUUUGCACAUAUCUGAACCAGAAAUUUGUGAAUAAUAAGGUAGUAUUUCAACUUUCACGGGGGUAAAAUACCACAUAAUGGUUGAUACUCUUCUGCCACGUGUCACCCUUGUGAUAUGGGGGCAAGAAACAUGCAUAUAUACAUAUAUAUAUACACACACACAAAUAUAUAUAUUUAAAAAUAAGCAGAAUUUGGCUCUUCAACUACCCCUGAACAUAAAUGCUGUACAAAAAUAUGCAAGACAAUGUGUACUUGUUUAUGUUUUAUGUCUUGUAAUAGAUGCUUGGGACAAGUUCCUCUAAAUGUUUCUCCUGAUUCUCAUUAAUGUGGGGUUUUACAUACUAAAACAAAGAUACUGUACCACUGAAUGAUCAACUAAAAAGACCAGUCUUUUAUCUCACUAAAACAUGUUCAGUAACUUUUCAGUCAAAAGCUUCAAACACUAUAUUAAUGUUUUUCUUCUUGUCUGUUAUUUUUGCAGAACAGGGUAAAUUAGAUGCUUCCAAAGAAGACUGCUUUUAUUAUCUGGAAAUAAAAAAAUGAGUGGGAAAAAACCCCACUCAUUACUUCUUUUUUUUGGUAGUUCUUACUGUAUUUGAUUUACACAUUAGGCAUUUCUAAAAUCCAUACAAAACAAGUAAAAAUAUUUUACUUUGGUCCUUCAGUGGUCAGUACUUUGAACGAAAUGUUUUGUUAAAGAUUAUCUGUAUUUAUGUUUAAUAAUGUGAAUGUCCACAGCACUGAACAAACUUAUUAGUGUCUAAUGCUGGGCACACUAAUGUUUAUUUUCAAUACUUGUCUCCUAGUAGCAGAUACUAAUUUGUUUAGUAUUUAUAAACAUCAGAAUUUGAAGCUGAGUGAUUUCUUGCCUGCAGUGACCAUAUUAGAAGUCUAGGUUUUAUAAUAUAUUGACAUGUUGACUUGAUGCCACAAGUGCCCUUGCUUUUACAUCUAUAUUUUUUCUUAAGUUCCUAGUUAUUUCAGAAACAGACUGUAGUGUGGUUUAUGAGGUGUGAGUAACUACCUUGCAUGGAUUAUCUGUGCCAACAUGAAUAAGACAGUCUAGUAAUAAAAGGAAUGUGCAAAUACAGUUAAACCUUUAUGAUUUGUGCAUAUUUUUAUGGCAUGUGAACAGCUGACAGCUUUCAGCCAUGUAACACUGAUAAGAAAGCACACAAAACUUGUACUCUCUACUUCAGACCUGAAAAUAAAAAUUAAAAGCAUUGGUUUCAAGCUUUAUUGUA